CUCAUGCCAUCACAACCUACAGGCUGUGUUAUAGCAGGGAAAAAAGACCUGAAAGAUAGUUUGAAAAACUUUCUCCACUGAAGAGCUGACAGUUCGUUCUCAUUGUUUCUUUUUUUUCUUAUUUUCUUCCUAUUUUUUGGACACUUUAAACUGCGUUAUUACGCAUGAUGCGCAAAGGGAUGGCUCCUCUGCGGAAACACAAAACGGGAGUACAAAAUGUUUUUUAUGUCUGUCUCUCCAUUUCAGUGGCUUAUUCUUACAAUUUAGACUUAGAACAUCCUUUGGUGUUCCGCGGACCAAAUUCUAGUUUUUUUGGCUACUCUGUGCUGGAGCAUUAUCAUGACAACACACGCUGGGUAAUAGUUGGGGCACCCAAGGCAACCUCUUCCUACAGUAGCUCUGUGCACUCUCCUGGAGCUGUAUAUAAGUGUAGAGUCCACAGCAACCCAGAGCGCCGCUGCACAGAGAUGGAUCUGGGAAGAGGAAACAAGCCGAGAGAGUCGUGCGGGAAGACGUGCCAAGGAGACAGGGACGAUGAGUGGAUGGGGGUCAGCUUGGCCCGCCAGGACCGAGCCAACGGCAAAAUACUGGCUUGUGCUCACCGCUGGAAAAACGUCUACUACGACUCAGAGCACAUCCUCCCACAUGGGUACUGCUCCAUCAUUCCUCCAACGCUUCAGGGCAGGACCAAACCGCUCAUCCCUUGUUAUGAAGACUAUAAGCAGAAGUAUGGGGAAGAGCACGGCUCGUGCCAAGCUGGGAUUGCGGGAGUUUUUACGGAGGAGCUGGUGGUGAUGGGGGCGCCGGGGUCGUACUACUGGACCGGGACGAUAAAGGUGUACAACCUGACCUCUGACUCCUUCUACAGCCCCAACAAAGACGACGUCGACUCCCACAGAUACAGCUACCUUGGCUACGCUGUGACUGCUGGACACUUCUCCUCUCCUAAUGUAAUAGACAUAGCUGCAGGGGCGCCCCAGCACAGCGGCAGUGGAAAAGUUUACAUUUUCAAAAUUGAUGGUGUGUCUUUGGUGAAGAGUUUUCAAGCCUCAGGGAAAAUGAUGGGCUCUUACUUUGGCUCCUCAUUGUGUGCAGUUGAUCUGAACCAGGACGGCCUGUCGGAUCUGCUGGUGGGGGCACCCAUGCACAGCCAGCUCCGGGAUGAGGGCCAGGUGUCUGUGUACCUCAGCAAGGGCAACGGUGUGAUGGAAGAACACGCUGUGUUGACAGGUGACAAUGCUUUCAAUGCACACUUCGGCGAGUGCAUUGCCGCAAUCGGAGACAUAGAUGACGACGGUUAUCAAGAUGUAGCCAUAGGAGCUCCUAAAGAGGAUGACUAUGCAGGAGCUGUCUAUAUCUACCACGGGGACGCCGCAGGAAUCACCAGAAAAUACUCCAUGAAACUGUCUGGGCGCAGUGUAAACCCUGGUCUGCAGAUGUUUGGCCAGUCCAUCUCUGGCAAUGUGGACAUGGAUGGCAAUGGAUAUGCAGAUGUCACCAUCGGAGCUUUUAUGGCAGAUAGCGUGGUGCUGCUGAGGACCCGGCCUGUUAUUACAGUGGAUGUCUCCAUCUUCCUCCCUGUCUCCAUCAACAUCUCUGUGCCGCAGUGCCACGAGGGCCACCAGAACCUAAACUGCUUCAACGUCACUGUCUGCAUGCGCUUCCGGGGACGACAGCUGCCUGGACAAAUAGAGUUGCUGUACAACUUGACUGCUGAUGUGGAUAAGCGACAGAAGAGCCAGCCUUCCCGGAUUUACUUUGCCCAGAGCGGAUCUCAGGUCAGCCAGAUGAGCCAGCAGCUCAGCCUGGACAUCAACAGGGAGCAGUGCCAGCGCUACACUGCCUACGUUAAGAAAGAUGUGAAGGACGUGUUCACAGCCAUCGCGUUCGAGGUGGCUUACGGCCUGGGGAGGCACGUGCUGACGGGACACCAGGAUCGAGACCUGCCGGCGCUCACACCAGUGCUGCGAUGGAAGAGAGGAAACAAGAUUGCAGCGAGGAACGAGACAUGGUUCGAGAAGAACUGCCUGUCAGACGACUGUGCUGCAGACCUCAGGCUUCAUGGGAAACUGCUGCUCUCUGGAUUGUAUAGUAAACCCCAUCUGGCCCUCGGAGGAGUGAAGAACGUCUCUUUGAACCUGACCAUCUCCAACGCUGGAGAUGACGCCUACGACACCAACGUCUACUUGAACUUCUCCAGAGAAGUGUUCUACAUCAACUACUGGCAGAAGGAAGAGAAGGGUAUUUCCUGUGCACUUGUUGAUUUGGACUUCCUCAAAUGCAGAGUGGGAUUUCCCUUCAUGAGAGCACAGACUAAGUAUCAUUUUGCAGUGAUUUUUGACACAAGUCAGCUCUCUGGGGAAAAUGACACACUGCAAUUCUUAGUUCAAGCAAAAAGUGCCAAUCCUGAGCACAAACUCUCCGACAACACUUUAGAUCUGUCCAUCCCUCUGAUUCAUGAGACCGACACCACUAUUACUGGCGUGGUAGCGCCGACCUCUUUUGUGUACGGAAACUCCAUCGAUGACUCCCGCUUCGUCCAGUUGGAAGACAUGGAGUGCAACUUUCAGCUUCUCAAUCUCACUUUCCAGGCCAUAAACAAAGGGCCCAGCAGGCUGCCUGGCUCCACUGUGGACAUCAGGAUACCUAACCGGCUGGCUGGCAGCGGAGCUGACAUGUUCCACAUCAUUGAAACACAGGUGGCCGAUGGUCGAGGGAACUGCACCCCUCACAGGAACCCGACACCAUGCACCGUCCCCCAGGACAGAGAGAGCAUCUUCCACUCCAUAUUUUCCUUCUUCACCAAAUCAGGGCGCAAAGUCUUGGACUGUGACCGGCCUGGGAGAGCAUGUAUGACGAUCUCCUGCAGUCUGGGACCGCAGCUAAAGGAAGAAGCUUUGAGCAUAGAUAUAAAACUUCUGCUGAACACUGAAAUCCUGAAGAGGGUAAAACACACCACCAGCUCGCUAAAUGAAGUUUCAGGUCAUUUUGAUUCUAAAAAUAACAGCAACCCACCUUCUCUCCAACCACAGGAUAGUUCCUCUGUCAUCCAGUUUGUGACGAGGGGCAGCGUGCAGGUGAAUGAUAGGGCAGUGGAGGUGCCAAAUGGCCUGCCAGAGGACAUUUCUCUGGUGUUCGAGGCGCUCCACAGUCAAGAGCCGAGGGGUUACGUCGUCGGCUGGAUAAUUGCCAUCAGUCUGCUGGUGGGAAUCCUCAUCUUUUUGCUGUUAGCUGUGCUACUCUGGAAGAUGGGAUUCUUCCGUCGGCGCUAUAGAGAGAUCAUCGAGGCUGAAAAGAACAGGAAAGACAGUGAUGAAAGCUGGGACUGGAUGGAAAAGAACCACUGAGACUUGCAGUUGGGGUCCCGGAGGAGCCAGUGAGAUUAGGGAUUGGGUCGGGAAGGAUCCAAUAGCACGGGGUCUCGCAGCCCAGCCGCCCCAGUGGCACCAGGCCCUUCAAGUCUUCCAUAUGUGGAAGAGAGGAAUAUUCUCCAUAUUUUUUGGAGACUUGAUAUUUUUUUGUGGGUGGGGGGUCCAGGAAACAGGCUUCUGAGGUGACAGUGUGGCUUGCCAGAGGACACUUGCUGUGGAAUUCAGCUAAUCUCAAAGGAGGCAACUCCCAGCCAGCGGAGCGGAGCUGUUGAUGGAGACCCACAUCCGUACGGGGAUGUGGAGACGGCAUGAAUACUGGUGGACAACAAAACCCUCAGGGCUGUGUUACAUAGCAAAUUUAUUUUUAUACAUACACUUUAAGCCAUAUUGUAUAAAACUGAGCUUCUAGAAGAGUUGGGGUUUUGAAGGCCAUUAUAAACAUACUGUACCUACAGUAUGUUUUCCUAAAAGCACUGAUGUUUGAUAAGAAUGAAUGCCUUGGCUCCAUAGCUUUACUUUUUGUGCCAAAGAUAUGUCCCGUAUCAUAUAUGAUUGGAGUCGUUUGUAUAUUCAGUCCAUCCCAGUUGCUGGGAGUCAAAGAUUGUAUCUUUUCUGUACUAUUUCCAGCUUAUUAAUAUCAUUUUUACACAUCUGACUGCUCAGAUAAUCAGCCAGAGCUAAUUCUGUGCUAUAACGCCCACACACACAGUGACUAAAAUGCACUGUCCCCGUGUCAUCAGCCAGUGUUGUUAGAGCUGACUCAGAUGCUAUGAAAGACUCAGUGAAAGAGCCCUCUGAGGUCUUUAGGAUCUUGUUCAGGAUGUGGUAAUCAACAGCACUGUAGAGUUCUCUGUUAACACUUUAUUUGCCAUGUUUCCCGUAUUACCCAUGCCUAAAAUGCAAAAAAAAAAAAAAAAAGGGCUGUAAAUUGUGCCAUAAAGGCUUUGUGAGUUUCAAUAAGCAUUCCAUUUGUUCUGGUCUGACUUUCAGCCCAGUUGUUUGCAGGUGAUAGUAUGCAUCAGUUACAUUUUUUUGGGGGGGGUUAACAUUUGAAUCUUUACUUUUGCAGUGUUUUAAAAGUGUAAUGCAUAGCAGAGCAAAUAAUCUGGAGCUGCUUUUGCAAGGAACUAAUUGCUCAGGUAUGCAGCAGACUUUUCAGAUGGACCCCCAAAGUGAACAUAUCUGAGUUGAUUGCAUUUCUCAGUGAAAUACAGUAAGAAAUGAUUCACUAUCUGUCAUGACAUGAGACCUGAUGGUGAUUUAUUUGCAAAAACCCCUCCAGACUUCACCUAAGCAGACCAUAUUUGAUUUUACUAUUAUGUUAUUAGGCAUUGGGUUUUAGAGUGAAAUAUGAGCUCCAUUACUCUCCACGGCCAGAUGAAAGUCUGCACUGGGAGUCCACCUACAGUCGUUUACAGGGGCCCAUGGUAUGAGUAAUGCCCUAAAAAUAGGUGGGAAUGUGCUGCAUUCAAUCACUACGUAUAAACGAGCUCUUUGGGGCUCACGGGAAAAGCUCAUUUUAAGUCAAUGCAGUGGAAUGUCAGCGCCCUGAAAAUCUGCCACCAUUCAAGUCCACAGCUCCUUGUGCUUCAACGUUUUCCUCCAGCAUGUUCUCACAAGUCUUUUAAAUGCUGGACUUGAUUGUGAAUGAAAACAGUGAAUUACAUUUUAUAUUAACGGCCCCAAAAGAAGUAAAAUAUUUUCUGUUUUAUACAUUUGAAGAGCUUUAGUUCAAAAAUAACAUAAAAAAAAUGUAUGCUCCAAUUUUUAAUGUCAAUUUUGAAGAAUUUAUUAAUGAUUAUUGGGUGUUAAUUGACUUUAUUAAAAUAGAAUAUGUUAGGAUGAAACCCUUUUGGGGUCAUUUUCAAGCAAGUCAGAUUGAAAUGUGCAAUGCCAAAGAACAAAGCUUUAUUUUAAUAUGUUAGAAAGACUUCAGUGCUAAGUCACUUUAUGGAUCACUAUGAUUACUUCGCUCUUUAUUGUGCUGUAUGAUUCUUUUGAUACCAUUUAAUUCCACUGGCAUUACAGCGUAUACUGUACACAUCCACGUUUUCCCUCUGCAUCUGUUAAAUCGAUGCUAUACAUGUAUGCAGAGAAACCGACACUUGACUUUUUUUUUUUUUUUUGGUGAAGUUUAACUGUGAUGAUUAUAUUUUGAUUCUAUGUUUGUUGUCACCGUUAAUCACACCGUUAUGUGGGGUUUUGUUCUGAGUAUACUACUGUCACUGAGUAUCAUUUCCAUUAUAGUGUGCUGUAUGUUUGAUGUUUAAAGUCAUGUCCGAGCUGUAUAUUUAUCUGUUGAUAAAUUUUAGAGUGAAAUUUCCGA